AUGGCUGGAAUCGCCUUGUCCACCACCCAUAAUUUCAAACCCGGAUCUUUCCAUGUGGAUCGCGGGCUUCACUUUGAAUUUGGGUCUCAUAACAAUCCCGCAUUCUGCUGGAGGACUUCUUCCUUCUCAACUGCUGCUGCCAAGGCUAGUGAAGCUUCUGUGAGAGUAAUUAAUGGCAAUUCGAUUGCGGAUGAUAUCACACUUGAAGUAGCUGCUGAAGUAUCUAGGAUGAAGACGAAAACCGGGGCUGUGCCGGGGCUAGCAUUUAUCUUAGUAGGGAAUGGGAAGGGAGAACCGCUGUUUGUUCCAUGCUGUCCUAAAGGAUGCUUGGAGUUGUUGCAUAGAAACGGUGUUGCAAUCGAAGGAAAGAGAGCUGUUGUUAUUGACAUGAGUAAAGGAACACAAGUGGCUCAAUUGCUACAAAGGAAACAUGCAACUGUGACAGUGGUCCAUUCAGGAACUAUGAAUCCUGAGGAAUUCACUCGAGAAGCAGAUAUUAUAAUUCACGCUGUUGGAAAGCGAACUGUGGUGAACAGCAGCUGGAUAAAGCCCGGUGCGGUUGUUAUUGACCUUGGGACAAAUUACGUUCCGUCUCUAACGAUGGAGGGUGAAGAUUUUUACAUCAGAACGGAAUCAUGCGACGAUGAUUCGAUACAUGAGGAAGAAGUUCCUGAUUUUGCAGUUGAAGUUGCUGCUUUGGAUGGUAAUAUGAAUGCAGAUGAAAUAGAAGUAAUCGGUGAUGUUAUCAUGUUUCUUCAUCAAUUGUUGGUGACGAUGGAUCGUUGGUUGUAUACGAUGAUCAAAAUCUUGAUUCUACAGGAGGAUAGUCGUAUUGGCCUUACUAAUGGUUUCGGAGUUCUUAAGGAAAAAGCACAAGGUGUUCCUAACCUAGGCUACAUCAUAACAAAUGCCAGAAAUAAGGUUGCAGCCCAUGAACAUUCUAAAUGA